GUUUUUUCAAAAGUAUGCACACACUUCGGAUCGCGGGGUUUUGGUUCAAUGCCUUCAUAUAUGCGCGAUUAUGAUUUAAUAAGGGAUUAUACUUCGUUGAAUAGGAUAAUUCAUGCAAUUUAGGAAAGUAGUAUUGACGAAAGGUUGAUAUAAGGACAGGUGUCUUGGGGACAACCAUCGUGCGAUUUUUACUCCUCAAACAUGUCGCAUCGUAAUUACGUACGAGAAGAACAGUAUGUUGGACCUUAUAGACUAGAGAAAACGUUGGGAAAGGGUCAAACUGGACUUGUUAAAAUGGGAGUGCAUUGUGUUACAGGUAAAAAGGUAGCUGUCAAGAUAGUCAAUCGAGAGAAGCUAAGUGAUAGUGUACUUCAAAAGGUUGAAAGAGAAAUCGCCAUCAUGAAACUUAUAGAGCAUCCUCAUGUGCUGGGAUUAUAUGAUGUAUACGAAAAUCGACGACAUUUAUAUCUUAUUCUAGAGCAUGUUUCUGGAGGAGAAUUAUUCGACUAUCUGGUUCGCAAGGGUCGAUUAGCACCAAAAGAAGCUAGGAGAUUUUUUAAACAAAUUAUUUCUGCACUAGAUUUUUGUCAUAGUCAUUGCAUUUGCCACCGAGAUUUAAAACCAGAAAAUCUCUUAUUGGAUGAUCAGUUGAAUAUACGUGUUGCUGAUUUUGGUAUGGCAUCAUUACAACCUGAAGGUUCAUUAUUAGAAACUAGUUGUGGCUCACCUCAUUAUGCUUGUCCUGAAGUCAUAAGGGGUGAAAGGUAUGAUGGACGUAUGGCAGAUGUUUGGUCCUGUGGUGUGAUUUUAUAUGCUCUCCUAGUGGGUGCCCUGCCAUUCGAUGAUGAUAAUUUACGAAAUCUACUGGAAAAAGUUAAGAAAGGUGUAUUUCAUAUACCAGCAUUUGUUUCAGCCGAUUGUCAGUCACUAUUAAGAGCUAUGAUUGAAGUGGAUACACGUAAACGUAUUACAUUGAAAGAAGUGCUAGAACACAAAUGGGUUAUCGGUGACCAAAACACACCGUUACCUCUGGAGUUACCAAUGACUCAAGCUGUGCAAACUGCUAUCAUUCCAACACGUGCUGAUAUUGAUCCAGACAUAUUCUCUACCAUGACCUCUCUACAAUGUUUUCGAGAUCAAGAAAGGCUGAUUGAAGAGCUGUUAUCUCCAGUCCAUAAUACUGAAAAGGUCAUUUAUUUUCUUUUGUUGGAUCGUAAGCUGAGGAAUCCAAGUUCCGAUGAUCCCGAUGAAAUUCGAUCCAGAAGUAGCACCCAAAGCCUAGGUUCUGCAAAAGCUGAUCCACCUCGUAAAAGAAUAGAUAGCUUGAAAUUAACUCUCAAUGGUUCCUCACGCUUAUCCCUUGGAAAUUUAAGUGAAGGUUCUCCAUUAUCUGGUCGUCGUGGAUUAGCUGUACAAAAGUUAAGAAAGAAAUCUUUUUCAAGUGGAUUAGACAGUCAGUCUAGUACACCAGCUGUCAGUCCAUUGGGUUCACCACUUUCUCUUCAACGUGUUCACUGUAGACCAGUUGGUUGUGAAAGUUUAGAAAAUUCGCAUCCUGGACAGGUGUCGUUAUCGGUUCCAUCAUCGGCACGACCACAAACAGUAUGCUCUGUAUCUUGUACAAAUUCAAAUGAUGUACGACCGAAUACAAUAACAACAAAUACAUCGAUAGAUAACGGCAGCAGUGGAACUAAAACUAUUGCAAAUCAUGUAUCAGGAAACAUUGCUGGUGCAUCAUCUAAUUCUCCUCAUGGAAUUACUACAAAUUCAUCCAUCGGUGUUCAACCGUCACAAAUACCAACACACCAACAACAUCCAAAUCUUAAUAUUUAUUAUUUUGGGAGCAUUCCACACAUUGGUCAUCGACCACAACAUUUUCUUCAUCCAUCAAUGACUCCAAUCCCUGUUGCCACAACAUUGGCAGCACCACCACACUUUGUACCGCCAUUUCACUUACUUCCUCAUCUUCAUCCUCAUUCAUUCACACCUGGUCCUUAUUUUAUACCACCGAUUCCACCGUUUUCAAGUGGUGCUGGUGGUGGAACUGGUGCAGUACCACCACAACCUUCGCCGCUUGGGGUUGCUAUGCCUUCCUUAUCCCCAAACGCUAAUAUAGGACAAUUGCCGGUGCUUACUGAAGUCUCAUCCGUAUUCGAUCAUACAAAUCAACCAGUGAAUCCUAAUGUAACUUCAUCUACUUCCUCUUCAUGCAUAAUUACUUCACCUUCUCUUUCUGGAAUCACUACAGACUCUAAUUCAGUUCUAAUAAGUUCUACUAUAUCUGUGACAUCAAAUAACGCAUCAGAUACUGGGAACACCUGUACAACAAAUAUGACAACAUCAACUGUCUCUGCAACAACAGUAACUGCAACAAAUGCAAACAAUAAUAAUGAUAAUCUUGGUUAUCGCAGUGAAGAGCCGUCAACUGAUAAACAGGUGCUGGAUAAGCAAUCAGCUAAACAUUCGGAGUCUAGUAUGAGUGAUAUACCAAAUGGUUCAAAUCUAGUCAAAGUAUCCCAUAAAGAGUGUGAUAAAAACUUGAAUUCUCCAACCUUAUCAGCUGUAUUAAGCCAUGUACAUUCAACCAAUUCUUCAAGUACAGCUCCAUCAUCUCCCAUAGGAGGUGUACAGUCGACUCGAAAGAAAUAUAAUUCAUUAGCUCAUUCAUCACCACCCUUGCAGCCACAAUCUGGACCUACGUUUAUUCAUCAAAAUCCUAGAGACGGGCAGUUUCGACAGUCUCCUGCUCAGUCUCCCAUUUCCAGUCAAAAACUCAGUUCUUCCCCGCCUAAUAAUUUAUCUCGUGAAAAAACACGUACAAAUGGUACAGCGAAAUUACAAUCUGAUGCAAAAGAACAAAAUGCUAAUCAUUCUACUCCAGAAAAUCCUCGCAUACGAUCUGAUAUUAGAAAGCCUCGGUUGGAUGGUUUAAAAACUGUGGAUGCUUUGACCUGUGGAAGUCCUGUGUUAACAUCAUCGUCUUAUUCAACUACCAACAGUCCAAUAUUAUCUCAUACAGCAUUAUCAGGUGCUCCACCAACCAGUCCAACAUCAGGAACAGCUCAUCAACCAUGGCGUGUGAAAUUAAAUAAUUUAAAAAUGUCAUUUUUGGGAUCACCAAGAUUUCAUAGGAAAAAGUCGUCACUUAUACACACAACCGAUCAGUUAAGUGAAACACCACCGAGUAGUCCAAAUUCUAUUUCACAAGGUCAGUGGAGAAACUCAGGACGGUCAUCGGGUUUGGAGCCUUCUCCUUUGUUAACUCAUAAAUCCUGGUUCAAUGGCUUUCUCACAGCAGCUUCUGGUCAUGUGAUCACUAAAGGAAGCCAGCAUGCGGCUAAUGCAGCAGCUGCUGCACAGGAUUCAGCUGCCCUAGCAAUAUCAAUUCAAUCGAAAUGUAAGGAAGAAAGUGAAAAGAUCAAAGAAGAAAAUGAACAGAGUGAACUUCAUCCUGAACAAGAUUUGAAUUCAGAUAAGUUAUGUGCAAAAGUUUCAUCAAGUAGUGAAUUGGCAGAAAACUGGAAAAAUUCAAGUAUAACAUCCGAAGGAAGCAGUGGUAGUCACAAUAACAAUGCCGAUUUACAGUAUUCUACAUCUCAGCCUUCAUCACCAUCAUAUUCAUCAGUUUCAGAUGGUGUAGUGAAACCUCAUCAGCAUCAUUACUGUCACCACCACCACCCCUUACAUUCUCACCAUUAUCAAUCACAACAACAAUCCUAUCAUACGGGCAGUACAACUGAAACACAGUUCAUUUCAAAUCAGUUACAUCCCUCUUUGGAUACUGGUUCAACUACAAAACAGAUUGAGAGGCGUGGGCUUAAACCACUGGCAUCAACAGGUUGUACUACUUCUACUGCUGCUAAUACUCUUACUUCUACUACCAACAUCACAAGUAUGUCAGGAGGCAGUAAUGCUCCACCAGAAGAAACAAAUCAUGUAGUCAUGGUGAAAGGUCGUGCUCUAAACAGACUUAAAGCGGAACUUGUACAAGUUUUCUUAGCGACACCUGGUGUUGUGCACACAGUGAUUUCUCCUACUAGUUUUCGAGCUGAAUAUCGUCGAGCCGGUAGUGGAUCAAGUUUACUUGCUCGACCAGUUAAACUUCAAGUAGAUAUGGUACGUGCAACCGGAGGAAUUAGUACAGGCUCUGGACAUCAGAAUAAUAUCAACUCAAUCUCAUCUGAACGUGAAGUGUAUGCAGUCAACUUUCAGCUGUUGUCAGGUCCAACACGUCGGUUCAAACGCUUAUGUGAUCAACUGCAAACAGCCCUUUUGUCUGGGGCAGCAAACCCAAACUUUGUAGCCCAUAGCACUUUAAACUCAGUUGGAGGAGCACCAUCAAUUACCCACGUAUCUACCACUAAUAUAGGCACAACCACUGUAAACUCGCUCACUUCAUCCUCUACAUCACUGACUUCUACAAAAGGUUUCAGUCACGGCUUUGAUGAACCAAAUUCAGGACAGACUAAUGCUGAUUUAGUUUUGAAUCAAAGCUAUAACAACCAAUCUCUACAGUCCCGGUCUAAUGAUGAAGAAACACUCCUCUCCUCAAAGUUAACUAAUUCUGAUGAGACUAAUUGUCAGAAGCAUGCAAAGACAUCUUUCCCUGUAACUUAUCCACAGCAGAGUGAAACACUGAGUUCCUCAUCAGAUCCCAUGAUGUGUCAGUAACACAUUUCUUUCUUUUUUUUUCUUUUGAAAUGUUCAGACAUGCACACACAGACAAAUCCAAAUGCCUUUCAUUCACACGAAUUCUGAAGAGUGUAAUAUUAAAAGAGGAAAAUAAAUGUCUCAUUGUUGAAAAAUCCUAUUCUUUAUUGUUCUUUGUUUGUGUGAAUUCUUCUUUCUUUGUCGAAUAGAAUAUUGUAAUACAGGAAAUAUGCACUAAUUUCUAACUUGUAUGGUAAGCUUUCUUACUUUCGUUUGCUUGUCACUAUGUACUAAAUAAAUAAAUGAUCAUGAUCAUAACAAUAUUGGUAUAUCUUAACACCAUUAUUCAUUAUAACAGUGUUCUAUUGUAACUGAAAAAGGUACUUGUCAGAAAUUAUCUUUCUCUCACUCACCUUUCCCUUAGAUAACAUUCGUUUUGUUUACCUCAACAUUUGUGUUUGUGUCAAUGUGUAGAUAAAGUCGGGAAUUGUUAUUCUCAUCCACUUUGAAAUGAAGUUGAUGAACUACAGUGAGUAAUAAUAACUUGAUUAUGUCUCAUUAAGUUUUUGUGUAAGAUGGUAUCAAUACAAAGGUAUAUUUUUAUAAGGUAAAAAUACAGGUAAACAGUUUGCUUCAAGUGACCUCAAAUACUGUCUUUGUCAUCAGUAUAUUAUUACUAUUGAUGUUGUUAUCCAUUUGUAUAAUUUAAGAUGGCAGUGGCACUCGUUACACUAACAUUUCUACACUGCUUAUUAAAACUUUGCCACUCUUGGAGCAAGUAAAACUUUCCUUCACUCUGAAGUUCUGUUUUAGAUAAUAUACAUAAUGAAUACUAUCCCGAGAUCGGUAGUUAAAUGUGCAUUUUCGCAUUAUGUCUUUAUAUAAUUUCAGUCCUUGUUUCCAUCGAAGUCAACAUCAGUUCUAUUGAUAACAGAAAAAAUUUAUAGAAUUUUUAUCUUGUACACAUUUGUGCUCCAAUGCUUUCUGCAUUUCUUAUUCUAUCUUCCCCUCUCCUUCUCUUAGUUUCCUAAAACCAUUUGUACUUUCUUUUUCAAAAUAACUCUAUUACCUAUAUAUAUAUGUAACGGUGGUCAUGACCGCUGGACAUACCGCUUUCAUUUAUUUGUGGUUUGUGUUCAUCUUUUGAUUCCAAUCGUGAAAAUUAUGGUAAGAAGAAAGUUUUAAAAUAUAUACUUCACUUUACUUAAGGAUACUAUUAUGGAAUCUGAAAUCGCUUACUACUACCAUUGCUAUAAGUAGUAUUGACUCCUUUUUUAAAUUUAUAUUUGUAUCAAAUUAUGUGCAUUUCAUGUUAUCAACUACUUCUACAGUUGGUAUUUAUGUCUUAUAUGUUGCAGAAAUUCUUUCUUUUUUGCACUAGCCCUUUUAUCUUCCAUCAUUCUCUUGUUAUCCAUACCUUUACUCUUUAAUAUAAUUGCAUGUGGGCACGCAAUAAUUUUUCACUAUUGUACCACUUUUGAGACAUAGUAUUACAUUCUUUCUCCAUUUUUUCUCCGAUGAAUUAUUAUUUUUCAGGUGUUUUCUAGUAAUUUUCUUCUCUUUUUUCCCUUGUAACAAAUUUUAAAGAUCAGACAUGAUAUGAGGAAGAUAUUCAUCGUUUUUCCAAUCAAAUAACUCUUCCACUUACUUUUCUUGACGAUUUUAUCAUUGAUGAAUUAUUCUUGUUAAUUGGGACGGUUCAUUCUUGCUCUUAUUAUUGCUUUCUCUAUCCUUAUGUCAAUAUUCCUAGUAGAUUUUUAUAAGGAUUUUACUGUUCUCAUCAUUUUCUUCUUCUUUGCGUGUCUCCCUCUGCCUUGAUUGUUAGCUAAUGCAGCGUCCCAUAAAAAUAAUCAUAAUAACAACAGGAAAGUGAAUGAAAAUACAAUUAUUGAAAUAAAUAUGACUGAAAUCUUU